AUAAUGUUGUACUCCUUUGAAGGAGAACAAAAAAGGGGAGUCUAUUGGGUAAAAUGAUAAUGGUAAAAUUUAUUUUUUUCUAUAAAUUAGGUCAAUGGUCUCGAAAUUGUGAUCAAAUUUCAAGCCCUAUGAUGCUUGUGAUCAGAUGGAAAUGGCAGAUGGACGUAGAAAACCGACGAUGUUUGGCAAUGAUAGCUUGUGAUAACGGGUAAUCUCUCAUUUUCGACCCCUGAGGGGAGAUUACAGGGUGCUUCUUCAUACCAUGAUGCGGUAUCGCAGCUUCUUCAAAACUACACAUUCACGCGAGAUCACGUGGGAGCGUAUGGUUUUACAUGGAUGUGUGAUUGCGGAGCGAGUUGGGCACACGGGAGUUUACGAUUGCGGAGCGAGUGGCACUGGUUUUAUAGGAAGUUGGGUACCCCAUGGCUGUAUCGGAAUGACACUGGUUUUAAAGGGAGUUGGGUACCACAUGGCGGCAUCGGAGGACCACAGGAUACUCAAACUCGGCUUUGAGUGUGUAAAUACGGACGUGUACAGGGAAACACUGGUGGGGUUAGAUACAGUGCAUGCAACUAAUGGGGGGUUUGUAAAGGUGACAAGUUGCCGUUGGGAUGUGGCUGGCGGUGGAGAUGUCAGAGAAUACAGGGGUACUAGUGCCUGUAACCCCCCAUCACUAUUUAUUUCCUUCUAGAGAGAGAUUUACUAGAUUUAUUUCCAUCACUAUUCUAAACCAGAAUUCAUGGCAUUACUGUAGAGAGAGAGGGGGGCUGAAUAUUGAGGCAACCACUACUCUGACCAAAGUGGGGGACUCUGUAUUUUACUUUCUUUCUAGACACCCAAUCCCUUCCACAUUGGCCAAUGGAGGACACAAACCAGAUGAUCAUUUAAGGCUUUAAGCUCUUCUGCCUUCCUUUAUUGAGCUGAGCCCUACUCUGUCUAAGGGAGUAGUACUACUCUACUAAUGGAAUAUGUCUUUCCUUUAGUUGGCUUGGGCAUCGUGAUUGGAGUUGGAGGGUAUUUGAGAUUCGGUAAGCUUACUUGAGGCCCCCGUGGCUGGUCGAAUUGGUUCUCGAGAUUAAUUAAAACGCGCGUAAACUGGUUCGGACACUUAUACAAAAAGCUCACUUGAGUCCCUUCCAAGGCAAUGCCCUAACAAUUUUUCUUUGACACACACUUGUAUGAAGUCUGUUCUUUGAUUUUUUUUUAACAAAUUGAGGUACAAGACAACGGUGUCUUUGAACAAGGAAGGAACUAGUUUGCUCAGUAGACUAAUGGGAUGCAGAAAAGGAAAACUCUUUAAUUGGGGGGUGGGCAGGGGGAAAGAAUUGAGAGAAACUCCUGCAAAGAAAACCCAAGUGCCCAUGAAGCAGAUAAACUGUCAGAGAGAGAGAGUGAGGAAGACACAAAAAGAUUCCCAUUUUUUCCUUCCAAAUUCCAAUCCAUACAUCUCUGAUCUUUGUCUCAGCACAUCCAUAACUCUCUCUCUCUCUCUCUCUCUCUCUCUCUCUCUCUUAUCUCUUCUGUUUCCAAGCCCAUACACUCUCUUGCAUCCAACACACUUUCCAAUACUAAAUUAGAUGCACCUACACCCUCUUCACAUUUCCCAACUCUUGAAAACUUAGUUCUGAACUCCCUCUCCUUGCCUCUUCCCAUCAAAUCAAAAGCCAAAGUUCAAAGUCUCUAAAUUUGGUUCUCCUGUUCUACUCCCCUGCCAUUCUGUCAAGCAACUCCUUUUGAAGAUAUGGAACAUGAAGAUAACAUUGUUGCGACAAGCAAUGCAGAAGAUGGCGCAACAAGAUCAUUUCCUUGUUUAUUUUGUUCAAGGAAGUUUCACAGUUCGCAAGCUCUGGGAGGGCAUCAAAAUGCUCACAAGAAAGAGAGAAACGCGGCUAGAAAAGCUAAAAGGGCUUCCGACUACGCAAUGAACGCUUUCUCUUCAUUCCCACCGCAACCCCCACUUAUUUUCGCCCCGAACCACCCUCUUGGACUUUUCAGUCCUUCGCUCUACAUUACGGCUCACGCGGCUAGCCUUGGCCAUCUUUCGGGCCAACAGUUUCCGGAUGGGUUCGGAUCAAAUGGUGCAACUCGGUUUGAGAAUGUCAUGUUAUGCCGGGGAAACUACCUGAGCAAUCCUUACGGUCUGUUAGAUCGAGAUGAUUGGCAGAGGAGUGCACGGUGUGGUGGUUUCGAUGGCGCGUCCUCUCAGUAUCUAUCGGCAAAUAAUCUGGAUUAUGACCCGGAGAGUGAUCAUGGUGACAGGAAUCAAAAUCUCGAUUUGACACUCCAUUUAUAGAAAUGAAAACGUGGUCGGCCUGUUUUCCCCCCUUUUUUGGCUGGUAAUAAAGGGAUUAUACCAUGGCCUUCCACUCUUCGGUUUUGUAAGCAACCUAGCUAGUUAGCUUUUGGACAAUAAUGUUUUACUUUCUGGUAGAGAAAGUUGGUGAUGUGUUGAAGAAAGUAGACAAUUUACUAUAUUUUUGAAAUGAUUAAUUGAGUUAUAAACUU